AUGGCGGAGCAUUUCAAAAUCGAAUUCGCCACGGAAGAAGACAUCCCCGAAUUAAUGAAGAUAGUAGCCCAAUCCUUCGGCGACUACCCAGUCGAACAAGCCUUUGGUAACAUCGACACUCAGGAAGCACGUAAGGCUUCUGGUCGGCGACAUCUCCGUGCCUGGCGGGACCACAUGGAAGAAUCGAGGCAGUACCCCGCGAUCAAAUGCGUGCAUACAGAUCCUGACACCGGCAAGAAGACCAUUGUGGGGUUUGCAGAAUGGUUCAUCUACGACCGCCUCCGCACCCCUGAGAAGAUGGAAGAGUGCAAUUCCCUCCUCUCCGGCGCCUGGCUACCGGAAGAGACUGGCCAGAGAGUUCGAAACUGGAUGCAGCCUCUUUACGACGCUCGCAGAAGAUGGCUCAGCGGCCGGCCUCACGCGGUAUUAAUGUACAUGUGCGUCCACAAAGCGUGGCGGAGACGAGGCGUGGCGACGAUGUGCAUACAGCAUGGAUUAGACCGGUGUCAGGAAUUGAGUGUCCCUGCGUGGCUUGAGGCGAGCGCGGAAGGGGAGCCGGCGUAUAGGCGGUUGGGGUUUGUGGAGGUGGAGAAGGUGAGUUUUUGGAUCGAGGGGGAGGAGGCGAGGUUUCCGGUUAUGGUUUGGUGGCCGCCUGGGUGGAGGGUGGAGGAGAGGGUGGCGGCUUUGCCGUGA